AUGCGCUUUCUUCAUCAACCACCAAUCCACAGGUUGGGCCUGGACGUGCUUCAAUUGAUUAUUCGUAAAAUUGAUCCAUACUCUCUAUCAGCACUGUCUCAAACCAACCGAUUCUUCAAUGCUCUUGUCCAGUGUGAGCUUAGUCUUCGUUCAGUUACUUGGAGACACCCGCCUUCACUCACAAUCACGUCUAACGAACCUGUUAUCGACAGUCCAUCUCAUCACAAUACAUCAACGCAAUCCAGUAGCGAGCCAGAAGAACUUUGUCUGAGCAUGACCCCUCCAGUUUAUCAUAUGCGAUGUAUGGCUCGAGUAGGAACCAAAGUAUUUAUGCCGUUCAUGACACCAGAUCCUGUAUGCUAUGUAUUUGAUCUCAUUACACUCAAUUGGGAGCCGAUACCCCGCAAAAUUGUUUACUCUUGCUGCAGUCAAUCUACGGACAAGUACCAGCCCUUUAUCACAGCUGUAGCUGCAAUAGGCUCCAAGAUAUAUAUGUUUGGCGGCCGUCAAGUCCAAAGCUCCACUCUUUCAAACAGCAUGUAUGUUCUUGACACCAAUACCUUCGUGUUACAAAAGCUCCAUUGUCGUGGAAAUUCACCUCAACCCCGAUUCGACCACUCUUUUGAUACUUUGUACAAUCGUUACCUUGUUGUAUUUGGUGGUUUGUGUCUUGACUCAUCUGGUGAAAAUGAUCUUUAUAUCUUUGAUACCAAAACGGAUAUGUGGAUUGAGCCUGGCUGCCAAGGUCAAAUACCUUCUCCACGUUACGGUCACGCGUCUGUGAUGGUUGGCGAUGAACUAUACAUCUUUGGUGGCACUCAGGUUGAAGCCGAUGGCAAUAUUGUGUAUGAUAUGCUCUACAAACUCGAUUGCAAAACCUGGAUCUGGAGCAAGUUUGAUCACCCAGAGGCCCAACGUUAUCGACGAAAGAUGUACAGAAACUCGCAAGAUAUAUCUGAUGCUGAUUACCUGCCUGCAAAUAUGGAUAGACAGAUUAGUUUCUCUCUCGAAAAGGAUUGCGUGAUUGAAACCACAGGGAAUCCUCCACGUGAACGUCUCCAGUGCUCUUUAUUAUAUAUAUCAAACAAGUUAAUGUUGUUUGGAGGCCAAACUAUUCGUCAGAAUAGAGAGGAUACCAAUGUACUCCAUGCUUAUUCAAUUUGCUCAGUCGACAUAUUUGAUAUCCGCCAUCGACAUUGGUCCAAAAAGUACACUAAGCUAAUAGGCAUAGCAGAUAACAUCUACCCUCAAGAUGUCUGCUGUUUCUCUGUCCAGGACAUUUGUGAUCCAAGGCUACCUGGCCAACGUCUGUUGGUUUUAGGGCAGCAAAGAGAGUUUGAUUCACCUACUGCCUCGAGUGGAACAGGGUUCUCAGGAAGCUUAGGUGGAAGUAUUUAUGAGAGUGAUUCCAGUCGCCACUCGUCGUGCAUUUAUGGACAGGAGACUUCUGGAUUGAAUACACAGAAUAGUGCAGGAGGUACUCAGGAUUCUGAAGACUGUUCUAAUGAGAGUGAGUAUACAUUUGAUCCUACGUGUGGAUCCGGAAGUGUUUGCACUUGGUCGAGCAAUUCAGCUGGUCUUGGACCACCAAUUGCACAUCAUCGGUGCAAUGAACGAUUUCUGCGCUCUCCGUGUCGGCAGCCAUUGGGACAAGGUGGUUUACGAUUGAAUUUAUCGCACAAUUAUCGUGAUAGUCGCCCAAUAGCCGACUACGAUGGUAUUCUUAACAACAACAACAACCUUGAAUACAACCCUGAUUUUCAAGAAAUCCACUGGGACUUUAGCGACCAUUCUGCUCCCGCAACACCUACCCCAACUCAGUAUGAGCAACCAAACUCGUUUGAUCAGGGUACUUCCCAGCCGUUUUCAUACAAUACAAGCAAUGAAAAGCAAGAAAAGGAUGACAAGCAUUAUACAUCGACAUUUAUGUGUAUGACUCUAACCAUUAAUGAACAAGCCAUAUUCUAA